AUGGACGACCCAACCUGGGGCAGAGCGGGCCCCUCUAGGUACCCAGAGACCCGAAAACCACAAAACGCAGGAUACCGAGAAGGCUCCCUCUGGAAGCGAGGCCGAGACAACGGGCAGUUUCUAAGCCGGAAGUUUGUGCUGACCGAGCGAGAGGGGUCCCUGAAGUAUUUCAACAGAAAUGAUGCCAAGGAGCCCAAGGCUGUCCUGAAGAUCGAACAUCUGAACGCCACCUUCCAGCCGGCCAAGAUCGGCCACCCCCACGGCCUGCAGAUCACCUACCUGAAGGACAACAGCACCCGCAACAUCUUCGUCUACCACGAGGACGGGAAGGAGAUCGUGGACUGGUUCAAUGCGCUCCGCGCGGCCCGCUUCCAUUACCUGCAGGUGGCGUUCCCGGGGGCCAGCGACGCCGACCUGGUGCCAAAGCUCUCCCGGAACUACCUGAAAGAGGGAUACAUGGAGAAAACCGGGCCCAAGCAAACAGAAGGCUUCCGGAAGCGCUGGUUCACCAUGGACGACCGGAGGCUCAUGUACUUCAAGGAUCCCCUGGACGCCUUUGCUCGCGGGGAAGUCUUCAUCGGCAGCAGGGAGAGCGGCUACACGGUGCUGGACGGGCUCCCACCGUCCACCCAGGGCCACCACUGGCCACACGGCAUUACCAUCGUGACACCGGAACGCAGGUUCCUGCUGGCCUGUGAGACGGAGUCAGAGCAGCGGGCGUGGAUGGAAGCUUUUCGGAAGGUCGUGGACAGACCCAUGCUGCCCCAGGAGUACGCAGCCGGGCGGGCCUUGUGUCCCCGCGUCUCCCCCCUACGGCACGAGGGAGCAGAGGCCACCACGACCACCAGCCCCGAGCCGGCCUCUCUAGCCCAGCACCCGGACUACGAGCGGCCCGUCACCCGGACGUCUGUGAGGGUGGGCAGAGCCAGGGCGCCCGGGGACGAGGCUCGGCGGCUGUAA